AUGCCUCCUGGAAGGCCUUCAGGCUCUAAAAAUCAAACCAAACACAGUGCUGGAGGAUCUCGCAUGGGAUCUGGAAGAAAAAUUAUUUCCCAGUCAUCAACCCGUGUCGAAGCGACGUCAAUUCACCCAUUUUUUAACCAGUUUAACAAGAAUACAAAUGCAGGAGUAGCACAGGAAACAGAAUUUCUCCAACUGCCAGAUGCACUUCCAUUUUCAUUUCUUGAAUCACCAGUUCCUAAUCUUGAUGCUAACACUGUUUUCGAUGACUCUGAUUCUGAUUCUGACUCUUUCUGUGGUGCUGAUGGUGAUAUUGAGGCUGAUGGUGAUAUUGAGGAAAUUCUUGAGGGAGCUAACACUAGUCCUAAUGAUUCUGAGGAUGUCUCUGUCUCUGGGAUUGUUGCGCUCUAUCUUAGCUCAGUGAAAGAAAAGCUUCAGCACCCUUUUUUUGCUCUUCGUAAAUCUCAGUCCUCAACUGCUGGGUUGGACCCAAGCUCAUUAUAUUAUCCCAAAGUCUUUGUCUGGUUACCUGAAUCCCUCACUGGAAAGAGGGCGAUUACUUGUCAGAACUCUGCAUGUAGAUACUAUCAGGAUAAAAGUCAUCUAAUGACAACAAAAUGUUGGAAUGACAAUCCUGUUGCUCGCAGAGUUGUUGGUCUCAGUGGAAACUACUAUAUCAUGACAAAGCGCAUUCAAUGCCGCAAGUUGCAGAACCUGAAUACUACUGGCUGUGGUGACUCUUUUAAUUACUAUGACCCUGUCAUUAUGAAUCAACUUGAUUCUGGACUUGUAGCAGAAUUUCCAGCAUUUCUGACUCAUCACAGUGGAAUUGAUAAGAUGCUAAUGGCUUUAAUCCGAGCUGGAAUAUCUCAUAGACUAAGUGCUAGUGCCUGGUCUAAAAUUCUCCGAGAACUCCAUGAUUUUAUCCUUCACGAUGCUCUAUUCACUCUGUUGAAUGAGUUUGAGCAAAUACGAUAUCAAGCAUUUGUGCCAACUAAAUCUUUGUCACAUUUGAAGGCUGGGUUAGAGGCAAUGGUUACAGCAUUGAAGGAGCAUGGGCUUGUUGAACCAAUCUUAGGGUUUACUGAUAAUGUUGCAUCUGAUGAAGGAACAUUUUCUGAGUGCAUUCCCUCACUUAGCAAAAAUAUCUUCCAAGACUUUUACUGCCAGAAGAUGUGUUUCUUCUGA